UCCCCUCACUUUCUGCAUUGCAGGGAAGAAAUGGCUGAGAGAAGGAAGGUGGCAGAUUCUUUGUCGUGCUCAAUAUGCUUGGAGGUGUUGAGGAAACCUGUGACUCUUCCCUGUGGCCACAGCUACUGUAUGGACUGUAUAAAUGGCUAUUGGGACCAGGAGAAUCAGAAAGGUGUCUACAGCUGUCCUCAGUGUAGACACCAUUUCAUCCAGAGACCCCUGCUGAACAGGAACACCGUGCUGGCUGAUUUGAUGGUAAACGUGACAGAAGCCCAACAAGCCGCCGCUCCCGGGAAGGAAGAAAUUGAUCCAGAAGGAGUGGAGUGUGAUUUCUGCAGUGGGAAGAAACUGAAAGCUGUCAAGUCGUGCCUGGUUUGUCUGGCCUCUUACUGUGCCACACACCUCCAGCCUCACUACGAGUCUGCUGCUUUCAAAAGGCACAAGCUGGUGGAAGUCACAGCCUCCAUACAGGACAAGAUCUGCUCUAAGCACGACAAGCUGCUCGAAGUUUACUGCUGCACCGACGAGCAGUGCAUUUGUCUGCUUUGUGUCAUGGAUGAGCACAAAAAUCAUGACACGGUCUCAGCAGCAGCAGAGAGGAAAAAGAAACAACAACAAUUUGGAAAAAAGAAGCAAAGUUAUCAGCAAGGAAUACAAGAAAAAGAGAGGCAACUGAAACAACUGAAACAGAACAUGAAAACACUGCAGUGUUGCAGGGAUGAGGCGCUUGAUCAAAAUGAAAAGGUGUACACUGAAAUUGUCCAGCUGGCCGACCAAAGGCGCUCUGAAAUGAAGGGACUGAUCAGAGAUCAGGAGAAGACUGCGGUUAGACGGGCUGAGGCACUCAUAGAUCAACUUGAAAGAGAGAUUGGUGAUCUAAGGAAGAGAGAAGAUGACCUGAAGGAGCUGUCUCUGACUGAUGAUCAUAUACAUUUCCUACAGAGAUAUAAGUCCAUUUUUGGCUGCACAGAGCUUCUGGAGUCCACUGAUUUAAACGCCCAGCUACAUGCUUAUUUUGGCUUUGUGACAAAGAUGAUAUCAGACUUGAAAGACAAAAUGGAAAUCAUGGCAAACACUAUUGAAGAGCUAUCAGACAAAUUUCAAGUUGGGCAGGAUCCAAAGACAAGACAAGAGUUAGCCAUGUAUACCUGCUCCCUCAGUUUGGAUCCUCACACUGCAUUUGAAAACCUAAUGCUCUCCGAGGGAAACAAGAAGCCUCUGUACCCCGGCUUCAUGGUGUCCCGAGGAGCCUCAGUUAGAAUACUCAGCCCAGAGUAA